AUUUUUUAUUUAUUUACAUCUUGUACCAUUAAAACAAAGAUGGUAGAACGCCAUGAGGUGAAUGUUGAACCAGAAAAAUUCGAAGCUAACGAUUUUACUGAGGUUGUUGAGGGAAAAGCCAAAGUUUUGUUUCCAAAAUCAAAUUCUGUUUUUUAUAAUAAUGUGCAAGUAUUUAAUCGUGAUUUAAGUAUAGCAGUAAUCAAACAAUUUUUUAAAAUUCGAGACAAUGAGUUGAAAGAGCUCGUAAAGAAGACCUCAGAGUCUCGUUCAACCGAAAUAAAACAUACUGAAUCUAAAAAUAAAACCGAAGACACUGAUAACUUGGAUAAAGUUAAAAAAAUUGUUCUUGAAGAAAAUGUUUCAAUUAGUAAUAGUGAUAUACAUGUUGCCAAUGAAAAAAAAUCUUAUACAAUUUUAGAGGCUCUAUCAGCAACAGGAUUGCGCUCAGUUAGAUAUGCUCUAGAAAUUCCGAACAUAAAAAAGAUAGUUGCCAAUGAUUUAAGUCAUGAAGCUGAAAAAACUAUUAGGCGAAAUAUUGCAUAUAAUAAGGUUGAUGCAGUUGUUCAAAGUAGCCUAUCAGAUGCAAGCUUAUUGAUGUACCAACACAGAUUUCCAUUAUCAAGUCGAUUCCAAGUUAUUGAUCUUGAUCCUUUUGGUUCCCCUAGUCAAUUUCUUGAUGGUGCUGUGCAAGCUAUAGACGAAGGUGGACUGCUCUGUGUUACUUGUACAGAUAUGGCUGGUUUAUGUGGAAAUCAUGGUGAAGCGGCAUAUGCAAAAUAUGGUUGCAUGCCAUUAAAGUCAAAAUAUUGUCAUGAAAUGGCAUUACGAAUUGUACUAUCAUGCAUAGACUCACAUGCUAAUCGUUAUAAGCGAUACAUUGAGCCUUUACUGUCUUUAAGUGUAGAUUUCUACUUAAGAAUCUUUGUUCGUGUAUUCUCAAGUCCAUCUGAAGUUAAGCGCUCUGCGAGUAAGCGAUCUUAUGUAUUCCAUUGUUCUGGUUGUGAAACAUUUCAUCUCCAGCCAGUUGGAAAAAGUGUUGAAAUUGGAAAUAGUAAAAAGUACAAUCCAGCAACAGGUCCUGUGGUUUCUCAGCUCUGUGAUGAAUGUAAUCAUGUUUUCAAAAUAGGAGGACCAAUUUGGUCCAAAUCCAUUCAUUCUGAAACCUUUGUGACAUCUUUGUUGGUUGAUAUAGAAAAGGAAAAAGAUUGUUACAGUACACAACAAAGAAUUCGAGGUACACUAUCUGUAGUUUUGGAAGAGUUGCCAGAUCACCCAUUGUAUCUUGUAAUUGAUCAUCUUUGUAAUGUGUUGCAUUCUACAACACCAUCACAUGCUCAAUUUCGAUCUGCAGUCAUUCAUGCAGGCUAUGAAAUUUCCAGUACCCACGCAAAUCAAGCUGGUCUUAAAACCAGUGCACCUGUAUCAGUUGUUUGGGAUAUUUUGAGAAGUUGGGUAAAACUGCAUCCUGUGAAUCAAAAAAAAAUAUCAUCAAACUCUCCUGCUUCUGUUAUCCUUAGCAAAGAAUCAAAGUUUACUGCUAAUUUUGAAAUAAUUCAAACUGCUGUUCCACAAUCAAAGAUGAUGAAACUGCUGAGAUAUCCAGAGAAUCCUGAAGCAGACUGGGGGCCAAAAUCAAAAGCAAUAAAGAAGGAGUUUUCAUCGUUAUCUGAGAAACGUCAAACUUUGCAGGGAAAACGAAAAGCAGGGUCGUCUGAUCCAGCAUUUUAUAGACAGUUCCCUUGUAAAAGAUUCAAAAUAGGUAUAUGUGACCUUGGCAUAAACUGUAAAUAUUCGCAUGAAAGUUCUACCAAUCCAACUCAACAAUCAAAUUCAACAAGUGAAAACUAAUUAUUUUUUUUUAUUUACAAGGAUUCGUAACAAACUUUUUUGUUACAAAUUUCUCUAUCUGUAAAUAUUUUACAUGAAAUAUAUAUUAAAAUAAUCA